GCAUCCGGGCCUGGGUGGGCCGGCUCUCAACUAGCGAGGGGCAUGGAGGUUCGGGGUGAGCUGCAGUCUGGCGCUUCUCCCUCUUCCCCCCGGGACCGCUCGGGGAUCUCGGUGUCUAAGGAGCUGCUGACGGCAGGAAGCGGCGACCGCGGAGGUAUAUGGGACAGGCUACUCAUCAACCCCAAGCCUGAUCGCAGAAAAACUUCAGCUCUUCAAACGGUUCGGAUAGAGAGGAGUCCCUUAUUGGACCAAGUGCAGACCUUUCUCCCACAGAUGGCUCAGGCGAAUGAAAAGCUAAGAAAAGAAAUGGCCACUGCACCACCUGGGCAUUUCAAUAUUGAAGAUAUUGAUGAGAGUCUUGGAAGAGUGAUACAAAUGGAUGUGGCCUUGUUUGAGAUGAAUCAGUCCGAUGCCGAACAGGAGGACAGUUCAGAAGCGAGCUCGGAGGACAGCGCCGAGGACAGCGCCGGGUCUGAGGAGGAAGAUGAUGGCACCCCCUCGGAAGUCACCGUAGAUAACAUUAAGCUUCCUCACUCAGAGGAUGGAAAAGGCAAGAUUGAGGUUUUGGACAGUCCAGCCAGUGAAAAAAAGAAAGAGUAAAAUAAAUGAUCUCAGAAACAGGUGA